UCUCCGGCUGACGUCAUACUGCUCGGCUCGCUACACUGUCACAAAAGCGAGCUGGGCAGACAGAGAUCCGAGCCCCAGGUUGUCCAGUCAUCUGUGCUUGAGACGGGCGUUAAACCGGACUGAUCCCUCACAAUAAUGCCUUCCGACAGACCUUUCAAACAAAGGAGGACGUUUGCCGACCGCUGCAAAGAGGUACAGCAGAUCCGAGAGCAGCAUCCCAACAAAAUUCCGGUGAUCAUCGAGAGGUACAAGGGGGAGAAGCAGUUGCCCGUCUUGGACAAAACUAAAUUCCUGGUGCCCGAUCAUGUCAAUAUGAGCGAGCUGGUGAAGAUCAUCCGGCGCCGCCUCCAGCUCAACCCCACACAGGCCUUCUUCCUCCUGGUGAACCAGCACAGCAUGGUCAGCGUCUCCACGCCCAUCGCGGAGAUCUACGAGCAGGAGAAGGACGAGGAUGGCUUCCUCUACAUGGUGUAUGCCUCGCAGGAGACCUUCGGCUGCUAGACGGGGGUGGGGGAGCUGGAGAGAGAGGAGAGAGAGAGAAGAGAGUGGCCUGGCCCAGACCAGGAGUGGGAGGGAGAGUGAACUCCAGCAGAAUGACUGCAUUCCACCACACGAAGCGUUUACUCCUCUCUCUCGUUCUCUCCUUCAGUGUCGGGCGCAGGGCUCUCUCCUGAUCCCCAGUAAACCCUACACGCAGCAGCUGUCUGUUCGUGCACGUGUGGUUAAAUACUCCUGCGAUCUUUUCUGGUUUGUUUUCUAUGCAUCCUGCCCUUUUCUCCACGUCACAUCACAUGGUUCUGUAGCGGGUACAUCGCGUUGUCCCCUUCCUUGAGGUUUAACCUUCCCCUUUUCAUCUUGGGGCAAUGCAAGCUUUGUACGCUGUUGCCAAAAAACAAAAGCUCCCAGGCCUUUUGUAGUGCAUACACUUGCUUGGCUAAAGCCAGGGCCUUGUGUUUAAGGCAGAAGAAGAUUUCACUGAUUUCAGGCAGAGAUCUCGAGCCUCAGGUUGUUUCUCAAACCGAUCGACGUCAUGGCUAGCUCUUCUUCUUGCAGACUGUUUUCAUUUCUUUUCUGAAAGCGGCAUGAAAAGAAAAAUCUGCAUGUUGUCCUGGAUGUUCUCUCCAGCAGGGUGAGACUUGGUUCGUGGCCCCUGCAGCCCUCACUGCCACCCCUCUUGAAGCUGUGUCCCAUAGCUACUGGAAAAAUCUAGAUGGACUGGCUUAAAAUAACAAAUGAGGGAGAAACCACAAAGCUGGUAGACACGAGCCCCAAAAUCAAUACAGCAACAUACAGCAAAGACAUAAAUUCUUUAGCACAGCUGAGGUUUGCAUUAGAACUGCCAGAAGAAGGCCAAGCACUUCUUACUGUUUUUCUUGUGGGCUAACCUUUCUUCUGUGGUUUGAAUAUAGAAUACCUUGAAUGCUGGAUAGUGGAUGUAAUGACAGGCUAAUAAUGGCUUAAUAUUAAGAAUUACCCUCACAAACAGCCAUGUAUGUGGGCAUAUAAGGGCUCAUGUGGUGACCUGAAGAAAGCUCAACAACAAACAUUUUUUUGUUUCCCAUGUGGGAUGAACCCCUAUUUCUUCCUGUACAUGUGUAGGUCUACACACUGUGAUAUAGAUAUAGAACUUGUGCUUGAAAACUCACGUCAAGUGGUUCACCACAGUGCAUUAAAGGGGCUGUGCUCAUAGGUUUUAGGUCGUUCUCCUGUGUCACAUCUCCAUACAGCUCUCUCAUCUCUCCUCUUCCCGGCUGAGGUGAACAUCUGUCCUGUGUUACCCCACAUGCUGCUUGCUGCUGCCCCCUCUCAUGUUCAAGUGCAAUGAUCUUUCUUUUUACUGCAGGGUGGGGAUCGGAGGGGGUCGCAGUAUUGAACUGACGUAGCUCAUCCAUCUUGAGAUCGGCAUUUUUUAGCGUAGGAAUAAAUAAGCUUAUUUGCACUUUAAACAACAUUUCAAAAGUAGACAACCUAGGAAUUGAGUACUGUUCAAUUGUGUAUAUACUAUAUAUGAGUUCUGUAUAAUCGGAUCUCCUCUAGAACACUAUGUAUGUGUAUGGUUUUUGGCGUUUUCAGAUUUUUUGAAUGAGAGGGUUUUCAAUGCUGUCUAUAACUUGCACGUUGUUUUUUUGGCUUAAAUGCUUGUUCGCACUGUUCCAACAUUUCUUUAAAAAAAAAGUGUUUUUAGAUCCAUUUCGUCUGUCAGGUUCCAAACCAGAAAAAAACAACACAAUUUUCCCUGUAUUUCUAUGUAAGACAGACAAUGGGAAUGGGUGGUCUGGAAAUUGUGCGUGUAUAAACCAUAUAUAAAGUCAAGUUAUAAAGUCCA